AUGUCUGCAGAUCUAGUGGUGGAUUCUCAAAUUCGCAGCUGGGUUUUUUUGCCCAUCGUUGUUAUAACAUUUCUUGUUGGAAUUUUGCGCCACUACAUAUCACUUUUGAUAAGUGGGCAGAAAAAACUUGAUCAAAACCAACUAAGGGACAGCCAGAUAUUGGUACGGGCGCGAGUUUUGCGCGAAAAUGCCAAAUUCAUACCAAAAGCGGCCUUUAUUCUAAGAAAACAGGCUUUCAAUAAAGAUGGGGAUGGUUACUUGACGAGAAGGCGGCCACCUUCAACGCAAAAUUUAAUGACAGAUCCGACUUUAAUGACUGAUAUGUUGAAGGGUAACUUGACUAACGUGUUACCGAUGAUUAUUAUAGGCGGCUGGAUUAAUUGGAUGUUUUCUGGAUUUAUAACAACUAAAGUUCCGUUUCCUCUAACUUUGCGAUUUAAGUCGAUGUUGCAACGAGGCAUAGAACUCACCCACCUUGACGCAUCAUGGGUUUCUUCAGCUUCUUGGUAUUUCUUAAACGUGUUCGGCCUAAGAAGUAUAUAUACGUUAGUACUGGGGGAAAAUAAUGCUGCAGAUCAGAAUAAACAAAUGGAAGAACAAAUGUCAGGAGCCGCAAUCACAAUGCCAAAUGAUGCUAAUGCGCCGUUUAAGGCAGAAUGGGAAGCUUUAGAAAUACUUGACCAUCAUUGGGUUUUAGAAGGAGUUGAGGGUCGCUUGCUUCGGGAUAAUAAAAAGUGUGCUCGAAAAAAAUGGCACUCGAUGCAUGUAAUUGUAAUAACUCAGGCACAGACAAAGCGUUCUAAAAAUGCGUUGUCUUCAGUUUAGAAUCAAACGGGAAGUAGAGGGGCGGGUACAGUAAAAUAAAUGAUAAUUUACAAAUUUGUCGACAAUGAUAAAAGGGACAGGUAUUUAUAUAGUGAGAUAUA